AUGAACCUUUAUAUUAUAGUGAACGGUGGUGUACCGUUACUAGGUCGGGAGUGGAUAAAACCAUUGGGCAUGAGCAUCAUCGUCACAGACUCAGUGUUAAAAAUCGACAAAAGUAAUAACACGUGCAGUGAAGUGUUAGAUACGUCAGCAUUGAUGCGCGAACAUCCCCGCGUAUUUAGCGAGUCCCUAGGAAGGCAUGUGAGCGCUCGCGCGACGCUGCGCGUGCGGCCGGACGCACAACCCGUGUUCCGACGCGCGCGCCCUCUACCGCUGGCGCUGCGCGCGCCCGUCGACGCCGAACUCGAGCGCAUGGAGCGCGCAGGGUUUACAGACAUUUUGUCGCCAUUAUACCGAUUGUUAAAAAAGGGACAGACGUGGGAGUGGGGCCAACCGGAAAAAGAAGCCUUUAACAAAAUCAAAGUCGCAUUAACGAACAGUCCAGUUUUAACUCAUUACAGUGAGAGUCUGCCACUGAUUCUAUGUUGUGACGGGAACCAGACGGGGGUUGGCGCCGUCAUACUGCACCGAACGGCGGAGGGUGAACGGCCCAUCGCAUAUGCAUCGCGCGCGCUUAAUGCGGCCGAGCGAAAUUAUAGCCAGAUUCACCGCGAAGCACUCAGUAUAGUCUUAGGCAUAAAAAAAAUUCAUACUUACUUAUAUGGUCGGCGGUUCACCCUGCGCACAGAUCAUCGUCCGCUGGUAAGCAUUUUUGGGUCCAAAGCAGACAUUCCAGCCACCGCCGCUGGCCGGCUCAUUAGGUGGGCGUUACUGUUGUCGGGCUACCAGUACGACAUUGAGUACGUAAAAUCAGCAGACAACAUAGCAGACGGAUUGUCUCGCUUACCGUUACCCAUAGUUGACCAAAGCGACGCCAGCGAUGAUUGCAGUUUUGUACAGUUUAUAGAAAAUAAUUUCCCGAUUCGCGCGCUCGACGUCAAAAGGGAAACUGCCUCUGAUAAAACGCUCAAUCUAGUGUCGCAAUAUGUCAAAUCAGGUUGGCCGAAGACAGGAGUGGUAGCAGACCUGCUCCCUUAUUAUAGAAGACGAGAGGAGCUCAACAUAGAAGGUGGGUGUCUCAUAUGGGGCUCUCGCGUCGUGGUACCGGCGGCACUACAGGCGGCAGUGCUGGCCGAGGUGCACGGCGGACACCUGGGCAUUGUCAAGUGUAAGAGUAUCGCGCGGAGCUACGUCUGGUGGCCUCGGAUAGAUCUGGACAUCGAGCAGCUAUGCAACUCAUGCCGUGUCUGUGCAGAGACAGCGGACGCACCCCCGCGAGUAGCCAUAGUGCCUUGGACUACGUCAAAAACAGCAUUCGAUAGAAUACACAUAGAUUUUUUGUCAUACAACGCGAAAACAUAUCUUAUAGUCGUAGAUAGUUAUUCGAAAUGGAUAGAAGUGUUUCCUAUGACUACCACGACGGCCGAAGCAACCACAGAUAAGUUGAGGGAGUUAUUUGCUAGAUUUGGGAUUCCAUCCAAGUUAGUCUCAGAUAAUGGACCCCCAUUUAGUAGUGAACAAUUUGCAAAUUUUUUAUUGACAAAUGGGGUUACACACGUCACGUCAGCUCCUUACCACCCCGCGUCUAAUGGGGAAGCGGAAAUAGCUGUGCGCACAAUAAAAAAAUGUUUAAAGAAAGCAACGAAAGAAAACACUAACCCUAAUCAAUUUUUACAACGCUUUUUGUUAGAUUAUAGAAACACUAAGCACUGCACCACGGACGACUCACCAGCUGCAUUGUUGCUAGGGCGUCAGUUAAAAACAAGACUUGACUUGCUCAAAACCGGUUUGUUUGACACUGUUGAAAAAAAUAAGCAAACAAAAAUAGCUCGUGGACCCCAGAACAGUAGGUCCUUUGAAGUCGGGGAUUUAGUGUGGGCUAGAGACUUCCGUAAGGGUCAUAAGUGGAUUGAGGCUACGAUUGUACAGACAUUAGGUAACAACAAUUUUAAAGCUCAGACAGAGGAAGGCGUGAUGAUAUCUCGGCACACAAAUCAAUUGCGCGCACGCCACGAUAAUGGUACGGCGCCGACGGACGAGUCCAGUCGCCGGGGCGAGGCACGCCACGACGACGUGACCCCGGACGUUCGCGUGGCUCCCCUGGCGGCGGCUGGUUGUGGGGUCCCGAGGGAUGCACCACCGCCACCCGCUGCUAGCCCCAGACCGUCGCGCGCUCGCAUGCCUGUUAGGCGUUACGGUUUUGAAGAGGUGUAUCCGUAA